AUGGCGAAGAAGAACGCCGAGAACGGCAUCUACAGCGUGUCCGGAGACGACAAGAAGGGUCCGCUGAUCGCGCCCGUGCCCGACGGGGCCCCGGCCAAGGGCGAUGGCCCCGCCGGCCUGGGGGCGCCUGGCGGCCGCCUCGCCGUACCUCCGCGUGAGACCUGGACCCGCCAGAUGGACUUCAUCAUGUCGUGCGUGGGCUUCGCCGUGGGCCUGGGCAACGUGUGGCGCUUCCCCUACCUGUGCUACAAGAACGGCGGAGGUGUGUUCCUUAUUCCCUACAUCCUGAUCGCCCUGAUUGGAGGAAUCCCCAUUUUCUUCUUGGAGAUCUCACUGGGCCAGUUCAUGAAGGCCGGCAGCAUCAAUGUCUGGAACAUCUGCCCCCUGUUCAAAGGCCUGGGCUACGCCUCAAUGGUGAUCGUCUUCUAUUGCAACACCUACUACAUCAUGGUGCUGGCCUGGGGCUUCUACUACCUGGUGAAGUCCUUCACCACCACGCUGCCCUGGGCCACGUGUGGCCAUACCUGGAACACUCCCGACUGUGUGGAGAUCUUCCACCAUGAAGACUGUGCCAAUGCCAGCCUGGCCAACCUCACAUGUGACCAGCUUGCUGAUCGCCGGUCCCCCGUCAUCGAGUUCUGGGAGAACAAAGUCUUGCGGCUCUCCAGGGGACUGGAGGUGCCAGGUGCCCUCAACUGGGAGGUGACCCUGUGUCUGCUGGCCUGCUGGGUGCUGGUCUACUUCUGUGUCUGGAAGGGGGUCAAGUCCACAGGAAAGAUCGUGUACUUCACCGCUACGUUCCCCUACGUGGUCCUCGUGGUGCUGCUGGUACGUGGAGUGCUGCUGCCUGGCGCCCUGGAUGGCAUCAUCUACUAUCUCAAGCCUGACUGGUCGAAGUUGGGGUCCCCUCAGGUAUGGAUAGAUGCCGGGACCCAGAUUUUCUUCUCUUAUGCCAUUGGCCUAGGGGCCCUCACGGCCCUCGGCAGCUACAAUCGAUUCAACAACAACUGCUAUAAGGACGCCAUCAUCCUUGCACUCAUCAACAGCGGGACCAGCUUCUUCGCUGGCUUCGUGGUCUUCUCCAUCCUGGGUUUCAUGGCUGCGGAGCAAGGCGUGCACAUCUCCAAGGUGGCAGAGUCAGGGCCUGGCCUGGCCUUCAUCGCUUACCCCCGGGCCGUCACGCUGAUGCCCGUGGCCCCACUCUGGGCUGCCCUGUUCUUCUUCAUGCUGCUGCUGCUGGGCCUUGACAGCCAGUUUGUAGGUGUGGAAGGCUUCAUCACAGGCCUGCUGGACCUCCUCCCGCCCUCCUACUACUUCCGUUUCCAAAGGGAGAUCUCCGUGGCCCUCUGCUGUGCUCUCUGCUUUGUCAUCGACCUCUCCAUGGUGACUGAUGGUGGGAUGUACGUCUUCCAGCUGUUUGACUACUACUCGGCCAGUGGCACGACCCUGCUCUGGCAGGCCUUCUGGGAGUGCGUGGUGGUUGCCUGGGUAUACGGAGCUGACCGCUUCAUGGACGACGUGGCCUGCAUGAUCGGGUACCGGCCUUGCCCCUGGAUGAAAUGGUGCUGGUCCUUCUUCACCCCGCUGGUCUGCAUGGGCAUCUUUAUCUUCAACGCUGUGUACUCCGAGCCACUGGUCUACAACAACACCUACGUGUACCCGUGGUGGGGCGAAGCCAUGGGCUGGGGCCUGGCGCUCUCCUCCAUGCUGUGUGUGCCCCUCCACGUGCUGGGCCGCCUCCUCACGGCCAAGGGGACCAUGACUGAGCGCUGGCAGCACCUGACGCAGCCCAUCUGGGGCCUCCACCACUUGGAGUACAGAGCUCAGGACUUGGAGGUCAGGGGCCUGACCACCCUGACCCCAGUGGCUGAGAGCAGCAAGGUGGUGGUGGUAGAGAGCGUCAUGUGA